GUUUGCGGGCAACCCCUUCCGGACAAAGGAAGAUGCUCCCACUAUCGUAAAUCAAAACGAUGGUUCCGUUUUCCGUGCUGCCAGAAGCUUUAUCCUUGCAAUACGUGCCAUGAUUUAGACCAAGAUCAUCCUUACACAUAUGCUCAGCGCCAUGUUUGUGGCAUGUGUUCUCGCGAACAAGCUAUUAUGCCACUAUGUACUGGGUGCAAUCAUGCAUUUGAGCCUGACCAACACAAGGGAGCAUUUUGGGAAGGUGGUCAAGGGAUGCGUGACAAGACCAAAAUGAGCAGAAAGGAUACCCGAAAACAUAAA